CUGAAACUCUCAGACUGGAGCAUUAAACUUGCUAGUGCCAUCGGGAUUGAGCCGCUGGCUGCUGCCCUUGAUACACGAAAACAUGUCCUCCGAUGACCUGAUUCAGUGGUUCAAGUCCAUAGGUGGAAGCGUGGACACAUCGUCAAUGGGCUUUGAAGAAUUUCCAGGUUGCGGCCGCGGCGCCAUUGCUCUGAAGGACAUACCUCAAGGCCACAUCCUCUUUACGAUACCACGCGACCUGACUCUGUCCAUGCGUACAUCCUCUCUUCCUUCUCGGUUCGGUAGGGAGGCAUGGAAGAAAUUCAGAUUGGACGAGGGCUGGACAGGCCUCAUUCUCUGUAUGAUGUGGGAGGAAGCACAGGGCAACACCUCGAAGUGGUCUACCUAUCUUUCUUCCCUUCCAUCGGCAUUUGACACGCCGAUGUUCUGGUCUGAUGAGGAUUUGAAGGAGCUAUCAGGGACUUCUGUGGUAGACAAAAUCGGCAAGGAGGAAGCUGAAGCAGAUUACAGAGAGAAGGUCGCUCCCGCGAUAAAGAGCCGACCCGACCUAUUUCCCGAAGGUGCCUACCAGCAUCAUUGUUCGCUAGAGCGCUACCAUAUUAUGGGUAGUCGCAUCCUGUCGCGUAGCUUUUGCGUCGAACCGUGGUCCGGUGAAGAGGAGCACGACGGUGCAGCUGCAGAUGGCGGUGCCGACGCCGAUGCCAUGGACGUAGACAGCGCAGAUCAAAACGUCACCGAUCUAGUCGACGAUGUCGAGGCGCAAGCGGACGACACAUUGGAUGUUGGCUCGGACGACGAGGCCGACGAGGAUUCUGAGGAUUCUACCAACGUCGCAAUGGUGCCGAUGGCGGACAUGCUCAAUGCACGGUAUGGGUCAGAGAAUGCGAAGUUGUACUACGAACCCAUAGACCUACGUAUGAUUACCACGAAAUUCAUCAAAACUGGGGAGCAGAUUUGGAAUACCUAUGGGGAUCCACCGAACUCCGAACUACUUCGCAGGUAUGGACAUGUCGACCUCGUUCCCAUGCCGGAAUCCUUCGGUGGUCUUGGCAAUCCUGCAGACAUCGUCGAGAUCCCGGGCGACUUGGCAGUUGCGGCCGCAACCGAUGACAAGUCCGCUUCUCUGGCUGAACGUGUCAAUUGGUGGCUCGAAAACGCCGACGAUGACACGUUCGUCAUCGCAUCAGGCUCCGGGCUUCCGGAAGAUCUUUUGUCCUUUGUGCGUCUCCUCCUAAUGACCUCUGACGAGUGGGAGAAGGCGAACAGGAAGGGCAAGCUUCCGAAAGCAAAAGUCGACCUCAAUGUACUUGACAUCAUUGAGAAGACUCUGACAAAACGCAUGCAGAAGUAUCCGAGCACGCUUGAGGAGGACGAAAAGCUCCUUGAUCCUGCGAAUGGUCACAGCCUUUCGCUACACAAGAAACACGCGAUUAUUGUUCGCGUUGGCGAGCAGAGAAUCCUGCGAGGUGCAAUCGAACAGACACGAGCGACAAAGGAGGCCAUGAAGCUUGCGUCAUCCAGUGGGAAAGGCAACAAAAGAACACGCGAAGCAACCGGAUCGGAUUCGCAUGGCCGGGCCAAGAAGAGUAAACGCUGAUCACGGCUCGAUCGUAUACAUGUUUUUGUGAGGGGGAGAUGCAGCAUUUGAUGAUGCGACCUGGGUGUUUGUGUGUAAGUGCAGAAUGCAUCUCGAUGGAUAUAGUAAUAACCCCCGUCCGAGCAGCGAGUACUCCUUGGACUAGCGGUCACGGCGCCGUUCUUCGAGUCUUCGUAGCUUGAGUACCCGAGACCGGGGAAACACGGACCUGCGCAGGUAUUAGGCUGAUCUUGGGGUGAUCCAUGUGUACGGUGUUCCAGCCGCCCAGGCUCCAAAUCGGAUGCGAUGAGGCUGGA